GCAUCCACACCGCUGCUGAGCUGAAGCUGAGCCCCACACAUCACUGAAGAAGAUGCCAACGCCCAUAGUAUCAGCUGUGGGUCAGAUGCCACUUGUUGAGUGAUGGCAGCAGUUGCUGAAGUGGGCAGGUUGGAAAGCCACCCAGCUAGAAACAGGCUCAAUAGAAGGCAGAAGAGAUACUUGAAUCCAGGUAGAUCUGUGGUAGAAUCCUGCUAUGGCUUCUCGUCAGUCUCUGAUGCCUUGGCCAGAACCAAAGCCUGGAGACCUGAUUGAGAUUUUCCGUCCUAUAUACAGACAUUGGGCCGUCUAUGUCGGUGAUGGAUAUGUGAUCCACCUGGCUCCCCCAAGUGAAAUUGCAGGAGCUGGGGCAGCCAGCAUCAUGUCUGCUUUGACUGACAAGGCCAUAGUGAAGAAAGAACUGCUGUGUGAUGUGGCCGGGAAGGACAAGUACCAGGUCAACAACAAACAUGACGGUGAAUAUACCCCACUGCCUGCAUAUAAGAUCGUUAAGCGUGCCGAGGAGAUGGUGGGAAAGGAGGUGCUCUACAAGCUGACCAGUGAGAACUGUGAGCACUUUGUGAACGAACUCCGUUAUGGAGUUUCCCGCAGUGACCAGGUCACAGAUGCCAUCAAAGUGGCAGGCAUUACUGGAGUGUGCUUGGCAACCGUGGGCCUCAUUGGAAUCAUGUGUUCCAGAAACAAGAAACAGAAGCAAUGAGUUGAAUGACUAUCCAGCCUUACGGGCUCUUCUUUUGCUAGAGGGUUUGAAGUUUGAUUCAUAGAUUCUACUGUUUUAUAAUUAGGCUUAUUUUCACAGCAUACAAUAAAGCACAAGCAGGGGAUUUUGCCGGAA